UUCGAGUUCAGGGAGCAGGAGCUGACGAUAUCCCGGGAGCAGCUGUCGGAGACGGAGGGGCAGCUCAGCGAGCAGAACCGCUGCCUACACCAUCGUAACCUGCAAUGUGAGGAGCUGCGGACUCGGUGUGACCACCUGCGUUUGGAGCUGGACAUGGUUAAGAAGGAUUCACGAGAGAUGUUGAUGGAGAUGGGAGAGCGGAUAAACCAGGCCAUCGUCGAGAUCAUGAAAACGGAAGGUCAAUUGCAGAAGGUCACCAGGUCGGCUAAGACCACUCUGAAGAUUUGGCAGCGGCAUCUUCCCAAGACCAUUGCUGAAGUCAAGACAAAACCACCGGUCGCGGCUGUGAAGACGAGCAACGAGGCUGCUGAGGGGGGAGACGACUCAGGCCGGCGACAAACAUAAGGAAGCAGCUACGAGUGUCAUCAGGAGUGAGCAGAGUGCCUUCGCUCCACUCAAACCCACGGGCACAGACACAGCAGGCGUUGAGGACACCCUGGAGCAGCAGCGAAUGUGCAGGCUGCACCAGGCGCUGCAGAAGCUGCAGGCCGUCCGCACGCAAAUCGAGAGCGCAAUGAGGCUGCAGGUGCAGGAGCCGCAGCGGGAGAUCUCGGUGGGGCGAGAGCAGCAGGAGGCCAAGAGCAACAAGAAGCUGCUGGAUCUGCGCAGCCUGCAGGGCAUGGGUUGGCGAGCUGGAGGCUGAGAAACUGCAGCUGGCACGGGAGAUACAGGCACAAGUCAAGAGUAAAUGUGAACUGGAGCAAGCCUUGAGGAGUCAGAAUGAGAUCAUCCACGAAUUUAAUAAACUGUUGGAUUCCAAUCUCGAGGAGCACAAACAGUUUCUGGCGAUGAAACAGGAGGUGACUGAUGUGAGGCGGCAGCUGCAGCAGGUGGAGACAGAGGCCGGCACUUUCUGCGAGGAGUUUGCCAAACCCCAGGCCCCCGGGGAUGCUCUGGGCAAGAACUGGCUUCAGGAGAAGGUGGAUCUCCAGCAGCAGGUGCGGAAGUUGCGAGGGGCUUACUUGCAGAAGGACAGCGAGAUCCAGCAGCUGGAGAAGAUGAUCAGACACAGAGCCAUCCUGGAGGAGAACAAUCAGAGAGCAGAGGCCGAGGUGGACAAGCUGUACAACCUGAUAGAGCACAUCAGAAGAACUCUCCAAUCGAUACCUGAAGUGGUGGGAAGCUCAGCGGAGUUGAAGGGCCUCCUGAAGUGCCUUGGAGAUGAUCUGGCAACGUAGUGUGAAAUGGGGCAAACGUGCCCUCUGGAGGAGGAAAGGACUGUCCUGUGGGGUGUGGGCUUUUGGUUGAUUCACUGUAGGAUUUGUGUCUCCAGCAACAGAUUUGUGUCUCCAACAGUUUAAAAGCCCAGCAUUUUCGUUUAUUCCAGAUGCACCUUUUGUCUAAAUUCUCCUCAAUCAUAACCCAUGUGCAGAAAAGGCCAAUUAGUGCGUCUGACCUUGGAGUUGUUAUUAAGCUCUUGUUGCAUACAGCGGUAACAGGCUGUAUGCAAAACCAACGUGGGCGUGAAGGCGCCACAUUUCCAUAACAAGUGGUGCUGUGCUGCAGAACAUCAUGUUAACCUGGAUUA